CUUUAAGCGUUGCCAGGGCGACAGUGUUUGUGUCCGUGUUCCGGUUCCGCUCUGCGCAUGCGCGGAAGACUCGUUCGGCGACUCUAACCAAACACUUCGUGACUCCGUCGCUCGCAAUGGCGCAUUACAGAGCCUCCGAGUCGAAGCGAGAGCAGUUCAGGAGAUAUCUGGAGAAGGCCGGGGUCCUCGACAGCCUCACCAACGUCUUGGUGGCUUUGUACGAGGAAACCGAGAAGCCCAGCAAUGCCUUGGAGUAUCCUUACACUGCUGUCCGCAGAAAUCAGCUGCUCCUCAAGCCAGAGUUCAGCCAGACGCGGCUGGAGCUGAACACUUUACAGCAGAAAUAUGAUCAGCUGACGGAGGAGAACAAAGAGCUGAGGAGCCGGCUGCUGCAGUACGAGCCGGCGCAGGACGCGGGAACAGAAUAACUACUACUUCUUGACAUUUUGAGAUAUUUCUUCACCGCAGUAGAAAUCUUUGAGUUUGUUCGUUUUGUCAUGUCGGAGAAGUGAAUUUUAUUUUUUGGUUAUUGUUCAACAAAUUUGUGCCUGAUAUUUAAUAAAAGCAUUUUUUG